UUGAAACAGACAGCAUAAAAAGGUAAUAAUGAGCUUUUUUUGGAAUUUGCAAGUUAGAUAGACAAAAAGAUCAGAUGAAAACAAAGAUUUAGCUGACUAAAAAUGCAAGUUAUCAGUAGUACAAACUAAUAAAAUGCUGCAUCCUGAAGGAACUAUGCUAAGUACAUUUUUGAUUUAUUCGGAUUAGGCAUCUGACGUCGAAAUACUGACAUAAAAUAUUAGUACUAGUCAUACAUGAUUGCUUGUACUCAUCAAUGAUAGCUAUAAAAAUUGACGAUUCAGCUCGGAGACAAAUAGCUAAACAGGGAGUAUUUACUAUCGACUGAAUAUCACUGUAAUGUGAAUUUGAAAUAAUGACUGCUAAAGAAGAGAAAUUUUGUUAUGAAUGUUUUAUAGGUUUUUCCUAAAAUCACUAUUUGAUUGCUGUUGUAACAUCAGAGAAGACGGUAUGUUACAGUACUGAAUAUGUAUUUGGAAUAUUGAAAGUUGUUUUGAUAAUUACUGUAGUGUCGUUGUGGAGAUAUAAAAAAUCAUUUCAAAUGAUGACACAUUUUAUAAACAGCAGAUAACAUUUUCUGUGUUUCAUCUUGAAACUUCUACGGUUUUUCAGUAAGUCAAAUAUAUUGGUAAGAGGAAUUUUGAGCGGAAAGGAAUAAAUAAUUCAAAUGGUUGUAAAACAAAAACGUCUUCUUACGCCGAGUGUAAAAAUGAAAUGGAGCCGAACCGAGUUUCUUAUGUUUGCGUUUAUUUUCAUUCACUUGCAUGUCGUUUCAAGUCAGACGUACAAUGAAGCUGUUACACUUUUAAGAAACAAAACAUUUUUCUAUGAAAAGAGUCUCAGACCAGUUACAAAUCAGUCAUCCACAUUGAUUGUAAAUGUUCGGUUUGAUCUAGUUUCUAUUCAAGCUUUUGAUGAGGUUCAAGAGAGCCUGACAGUUAUUGGUGGUCUUACAUUAACCUGGACCGAUGAUUUAAUGAAAUGGAAUCCUGCAGAUUAUAGCGGAAUGGUAGAUAUUGUUUCAGAAAGUGGUAAAUUCUGGACGCCGUAUUUAAUCCUCACAAACAGUGUAAACAAGUUAGACAAAGUUGGCGAAUCUUGGCAAAGGAUUCGUUUCACCCACAAAGGUGUUGCUGUAGUUAUUCAAGCAGACACGUGGUCGACCAUGUGUAAAGCUGAUGUUAAGUACUAUCCAUGGGACGACCACUGGUGUGGAUUCGAAUUUUCUUCAGCGGCGUACGGACAAAAUGAAAUGACGUUGCAGCCUGUCUCAGACGCAGUAAGUACGCAAUAUUACACAGAAAGUGGAACAUGGGAGUUAAAAGGUUCAGACAUACAUGUACGUUAUGAAAAUUCCAGUGUAUUGUUCCGUAUUCAUAUAGCAAGAAAACCACUUUUCGUUCUUGUGAACGUUGUUGUGCCAAUUAUUGCAAUGACGUUUUUGAAUGCAAUGAUAUUUGUGAUACCUGCUGACAGCGGGGAACGUAUUUCAUACAGUAUAACAGUUCUUCUGGCUAUUGCAGUUUUUCUAACACUUGUUGGUGAAAACUUGCCUAAGACAUCAAACCCCAUGCCAGUAUUCAGCUUCUACCUGCUAGCAGUAUUGCUGAUAAGCAUGGUAAUCACUUUUGCAAACAUUUUUAGUCUACGACUUUAUCACCAUAACAACACAGGCCCUGUAAAAGGCGUAUUUGCAACAUUGACAAAAUGUGUGUUACAUGUGAAUAAAUGCAAGAAGGAAAACAAAACGGUAGACCGUGCAAAUGCAUCCACGAAGGAGAACAAAACUGGAAACAAAACAAAUGUAAACAAACUGGAUCUUUCAACGGGCUAUGAAAUAGAAGAUAAUUCAGUAUACGCAUGCAGGUCCUGUUCGUUUAUGAAUACAGAUAUAACAUGGAAAGAAGUGAGCGUCACUUUUGACAAAAUAUGUCUAGUUGUUUUCAAUAUCCUUCUUGUAUUGGCUGCAUUCGUUUUCUUCAUGUGUGUGUACACUAAAAAAAAGAAAAUGUAGGACCAUUAACACGAAGAUGAAAACGGUUUUGAAAUACCUUUUAUAUGGAUUAGUAAAAAAUUAUAUAAAAACAUAUAUUAAAGGAUUUCUAAUUAACACAAAUUAAAAACCAAAUAUAUUUGACAUGUUAUUCUACGGAUAAUAACUUUUACUCUCAACAUAAGGAAUACUAAAAUGUAUCCAGACUUCCAAUAUCUAACUAUUUCAUAGAAAAAUUGUGUGUAUAUAUAUCAUUUAUGUGCACAAAUAAAUAAAAUACAGGAAUCUUAUUUCCGAUAUAGGCUUUCACAACAGUGAAAUUAAACAUGUCGCGCUGCAAAUUUUUCGCGAAAAGAUGAAAACUUUUUUUUAUACUACUAUUGUCGUUCAAAUCUUACUUCUCAAUUACAAACUUAAACGAGCUAAUUUUAUUUUUUUUCGCCCCUAGAAUAGUCCCUCGAAAAGUUGAAGUUUAUGACGCGACAAUUGCCAGGCAUACUUUAACUUGUAGAUUUUAAAGCCUUAUUGUUUUAUUUUUCGAGUCAGAUUUUGUUUCCGCUACAAUCUGAAAUUAGACUUUUUUCGUCAUCUUGUCGCUGUUGGUAAAAGUUCAGGCAGUAUCUUUUAUUCGGGUUGUA